AUGACGAAAACGGCAAAAGAACUGGAUCUGACAUCGGACGAAAGGCGAGAAUCUAGAUUUCGACGAGAUAGAAUGGCCAAAAUGUUGAUUAUAUUGUUUCUCCCGAUCUUUGUUAUCAUUAUUCAGACCGGAGUGCAAGUGAAUGAAGCAAUCCGACAUAAACACGAUGCCCAGCAUGCCCAUGACGAGGUUAAAAUCAGCGUACAAACCGCUGCCUUGGUGACAGAAAUACAGAAAGAAAGAGGAAUGACUUCAGUUUACGUUAGCUCCAAUAGUAGCGACGCGUUGCAAACACUAUUGGGAUUUUACCAGGGAACGUACAAAGCAAUCGAUGACAUCACUAUUUGGCCAGGAUCACAAAAAGAUGGUGAUGUUUUUGCAACAAAGGAAACAUUCCGAGAGUUCUUGGCCAACCAUAGAUCUCAAGUUGAACCCGGAACGUAUUUCAAACUCGAGAUCGACUUCUACACUGAUCUGAUCCAGAUUAUUAUCAACUGGGUGACCUCCAGCAUCCAUAUGAACGCGCAGUGGGACCUAUUGCAAUCAGUCAUCGCUUACGAUGCCUUCUUGCGCAGUAAAGAUGCAAUUGGUGUUGAGAGGGCGUUAGGUGGGACGUACUUUGGAAAGGGUGGCUUCACGCAGGAAGAAUAUCGUUUUUUCUGCGAAGUGUCAUCUUCAGCAUCGACGUUGUUGAGCCUCAGCAUGCAGCACUACGAUCUUGUCAAAGACAAAUACAGCGAACUUAUGUCAGUGGAGACUGCUACGCAAUUACGUGAAUCGUUAGAUUCAUUGAAAAGCCAAAUUUACGCCAAUAACAUAUCUGGCUCGGACGUUAUGCAGGGACUAUACUGGUUUUAUAAUAUGACAUCAUAUAUGUCAAUAAUUGGUGAAGUUGAGAAACUGGUAACAGACCAAAUCUUAGCGAUGUUCAACGAGCAAGUCAGCGAUGCAGUCCGAGAAACCAUUAUAAGUUUUGUAAUUCUGGCUUUGGUGCUGACAAUCUGUCCUAUGAUAGGCGUGUGGUACGUUAUAUCCGUGAACCGAAUGACGAGUGCUAUCAAACACUAUGCGUUGAAUCUGACAACAAAGACAACCGAGCUGAGCAAAGAAAAGAAACGCUCCGAAAAACUGCUUUAUCAAAUGUUGCCACCGACAGUGGCCGAAGAGUUGAAACGCAACAACACGGUGAAUGCCGAGUAUUUCGAGAGCGUCACUAUACUGUUCAGCGAUAUCGUGGGAUUUACGGACCUUGCAAGCAGUAGCACACCGCUACAGGUCAACCAUGACAAAAUUGCAACAGAAAGUUUCUUUGCAGAUUUAGCAACAAUGGACAUCUAUAAACAUGAUAUCAAAAGUCUACCAAAAUCGGACAAAGGGAAAGUUGAUUGUUUUCAGGUAUUGAUAUUGCCCAUAUAA